AUUAAUCAAUUGUUCCUCAUUUUGUAGGUUUUGUGCAGGUAAGUGAAAGAGUUGAAAAAUGGCUUUGAAAAGCAUCUCAGAAAUUUUUGUUUCAUUCAUCAAGGAUUCAAAUGACAAAGAAGACAACUUCAAUUCCCUGGUACAGGAUCAUGAAAGCUACUUGGAAGAACUCUUUCUUGAGGCUGUCAGCAAAAUCAAGAGUCCUUUGGAAGCUGGAGAUCUGCUCCUGCCAAAGACUCCAGCUCCAAAACGCAAGGGUCGCGGCAGGCCAAAAAAGGAGGAGGAUAUUGCAAGCAAUGACCAGGAGGAGCAGGAGCAGAGACAGGAGCUUGACAUUGAAAACCUCAAUGAUGGACCUCAAAGAGUUCGCAGAGCAGCAUCAAAGGCUGCUAAUGCCAAGAUAAUCGAGUCUCAGCGUUUGUUGAAUGAUCUUAGUAGCAAGAUGAGACGCCCUGCAGACUCCACUAGUGAUGCCACCAACAAAACUAGACACAGUAACAACAGCGACAGUGGUGUGUUCGAGCGACUGAGCAGCUGUAGUACUGCCAGUAGUGGUAAUCGACACAGCAAGCCCUCCCUGCUUGUCCCCGUGCAAAUGAAGCAACCACUUCCAGUACCUGAACAGGUAGAAGAGGAAAUUAGUGACUCUGAACAAGAAGGACCUGUUCAAAUGCGACAGCCACAACCACUUAGUGAGCAGACUGAAAGAGAAAAACUUGAAUCAUAUGACGGAGAACAGCCACAAGUUAAAUUAUCAUGCCAAAUUGACACAAUUUCUGAUGAUGAGAAAUGCAAAACAUCGGAAGUUCGCGAGUCUAACACCGCUCAGAUUGAUAGGAAGCGGCGUAGCAGCAACAGCAAUGAACAUACAGAGUCUGUUGCUAGAAAAUCAUGCAGGACGGAGGAAAAAUUUCUGUAUGAACCAAUUAAAAAUUUGCCUGAGGAACCUCAGAAACCAGCUGAUCAACCUGCCUGUGGUUCACAAGGAAAACAAGAAGAGUGUGCAAAACUUGAUCGAAAAUCAUGUUCAUUUACGUCUAGCAGUGAAUCUGUGUUCGUUACUCAAGAACAGGUGGUUGCUGUGCCAGCUGUGGUGCUCACUGAAGAUUCUAAUUGUGUUGUCUCGGAAGCAUCUAGCCACGUUAUAGGUCUUAAGGAAGCAGCAGUUAAUGACUGUAAUGAUAAACUUAUUCUAACUGAUGACGAUGUGGCAAGCUCUAAAAAUAUUUAUGAUAAAGUAACAAGUGUAUCUUGUGACAUGAAGACUCCUGCUAUGAAAAUGUCUGUUGAUGACGAUGAUGGUAUGCAAGUUGAUGAAAAUGUUACAGAAUCAGGGAGUUCUUCAUCUGCCGGCACUGCAGAGGUUGUCUCCACUGUAACAAAUGUUGCCUGCGAAUCGUCUCAAUUCAAAGCACCUCUCACACCUCCGCCCAUAAUGCAACCAAAACGCGUGACUAGGACUAAAACGCGUCAGCUGGCCAAUGCAGAUCAGAAAGAGUCUAAUGACGUCCAGAGUGGCGAGGUGAUCUCCAAAUUGCGAAUUACUAGAACCAAGAAGCGUCUAGUAGAGACCAGCAGCACUACAAGUGAUAGUGAUGACUACACUCGGUCAACCAGAAGCAAACGACGGAAGGUACAAAAACGCGUAAGUGUUAACAAAAUGGAAGACUCCAAGACAAUGUGUUUACUGCUCUCAGAUUCUGAGGAUGAACCGAAUAAUGAGAUUAAAAAGGGAAGAGUAUCCAAUGCUUCAAUAACUUCACUAAAUACGGUUUCUAACAAGAGGCUUAGUUCUCCAUGCCGCUCUGAAGAACCUCCUAGUGUAAAUCCUUCCCAGUUACGCCCUCUUCAAACCUCUAAUCAUUCUUCACCUGAUAAUUCACGAGCAAAAAUCACCGGAGAAACGCCAUACAAUCUUCCCAAAGCCACUCUUUGUUUUUCACCGUUGUCUCAAUCAGUUCUAGAUUUACACCUCCCUAAAAGCGUACAGAUUAAUAAUAAGGAAGGAGCUGUUGCAGAUGUAGAAUCCUGUAGUGACGAUAAUAAUCGAAGCAAAACAGAUAACGAAAGUGUAAUGAUCGCCACUGACAAUAUGCAAGUGGUUGCCAAUGACACUGAAGAGGAUACGAACGAGUGUUCAGAGGCUGAUGAUGAAGAUUCUGAUGCAGAUGAUCUGUCAGAAGAAAAGGAGCAAGAAAUUGUUGCACCUCCCCGGCGCAUGACUCGCUCUAAAGUAAGACUCCAGCAACAGCAGCAAGAGGAGAGCGUGCAGCUGCAGCAACAGUUGGCUCGUGCAGCCCUCAACAAACAAGCCAUCAUCAACCAGCAACAACUCUCAGCAGCCAUUAAGAAACCUGCAGUUGGGCCCCCAGGUUCGGGGAAAUUCUCUCCCAGACCAUUUAGCUCGCGCACUGGAGUCAAGCAGCUGGCAGCCGCCUACUCACAGCACGUGGCGGCCCCUUCUCCGCUACCCAAGCGGAUGGUUUGUGGUUCUCCAUCUUCUGGGUCUCGUACGCCUCUUGCUUCGGAGCGGAAGCCCUUAUUGGGAAGAUCUUCAAGCACUUCUAGAGUGGCAACCAGCAGCUCCCGCGUCACGCCUCUCAGCAUGAACAGAGUGCGAACCUUUGUCACCGCCUCUUCUACGGACUCUCAUCACAAUAAGAUCAAGUUGGGCACUCCAUCACAAGGAUCUCGCCCCCAUAACUUGGUGUGCGGAGUACGGAGCUUCCUGGGCCCCAGUGUUCUUGUGCAGAAAUCCUCAAAGCCCAGCAAGGAGCAGCUUGAGGAGCAGAAGCAGCUGGAACUGCUCAAAAAGAAGGAAAAAGAGGAAGAAACUCUUCGUAAAAAGGAGGAGCAGAUGCUCGCAAAAAGGAACGAAACAAAGAAGCGCAACGAGGAGCGCAUGCGCAAAGCCCAGGAAGCGCGUCUGGCUGCGGAACGUAAGGCUGCAGAGGCCCUGGAGUUGCUGGAGAAAGAAAAGAAAUUAAAGGAGCAGCGGCUCAAAGAGGAUGCCCUCAAAAAGAAACAACUUUUGUUAAAGAAAGCUGAAGAAGAGAAGAAGAGGCGAGAACAAGAACGGCUCAGGAAAGAAGAGGAAGCAGUCAGGAGGAGAGAGGAGGCUGAAGAAAAGAAACGAAUUCUUUUGGAGCAAGAGGAGGAGGAAAGAAAACGCCUGGAAGCUGCAAGGAUUGCCGAAGAGGAACGCAAAGCUGAAGAGUUUCGGCUAAGACAAAAACGAGAAAAGGAACGUAUGGCACGUGAGAAGGAAGAACUACGACUUUUGAAAGAACAAACUGCUGCUGCUGCAAACAACGUGAAAUCGUCCGUACUCAAACCCAUUCAAAUACAGAAAGUUCUUAACCAUUCCAUGGAGGUCAAUAACACAUUCACUGUUCCCGGCAACUCCACAUUCACUGUUCCUGGAAAUACUACCUUCACAGUUGCUUCCACCUCCUCGACCACUCCCAAGACGCCGUGCACAAGUUACGGCAAAGUGAGCACGUCUAGUCAAGACUCUUAUGAGAUGACUCCCUCGAUGUCCAACGAGAAUGACUACGGCAUCGACGAUCUUAAAAGUGAAGACUCCAGCGAUGACGAUUCUAAUCCCAAGAAAAAAGUCCCACUAUGGGCCUCUGUAAAAAUGAUGCGCAUAGCUUUGAUCAGACAAGAAAAAGAAGAGUUUGACCUGGAAGCCAUCUUCCCAAGGAAUAAGGUCAUGGUUCUGCCGAAUCUGAAGGAAAUGUUUAAAGUUCAAAAGUCUACGUUUAAAGUGCGCUCUUCUUCUGCGCAUUGGACCACUCCACCUCAUAAAAUUUUUAGCAAUGUUAAGUAAAAAAAGGAACAUGAUAUCAUUGUAGAGCUUUUGUGCUACGGAAUAUUUGUAAACUGGUUUUACAGUCAAUUAUUCAGUUGUAUGGAUCUACUACAAGUUAAGAAGUUCUAGAAGUUAUAAGGAUUGGUCACAUACGACCAAUUGAUUUACAAGAUGCUGCUGUUACGUGAAUGUACUUAAUACAAGUCUAUUUAACUUGGCAUCAUUGUUAAAAUAACGAGUUGAUGCGAAAUAAUUGAUUUAUGAUAUAUUAUAUUAAGAUGGAUUUGAAAUGAAAUUUCCAAUUUAAGAUAGACACGCGCCUUUUAAGAUCCAGUUUUUUUCAAAUGAAGUUCAUUCCUAGUUAGUUGGAAACGAAUAGAGAAACGAAAAUUGAAAAAAAAAUAAAAAAAAAAUGAAAAAAUAGAGAAAUUGACUAGUAUCAUGCAUAAUCUGGACCUCACAAGAAUUGACCGAACCUGAACGCUUUAUGCAUCACAUCGUAAUUUCUUUCACGGAAUGAUUUGCUCUUCCAACAGUAGACAUUGGUCACUUGUUCUUAACCACACAUUUUUAUUUUGAACUACAUUCGUUGUCUAUAAAAAUGGUAACUUUUUUUGCCGUUCUGGGAAGAGAAAGCUGGUGUGAUGAUAAAAUUUAGAUUUAAUCAUAAAUUAUAUAGUUACCUGUAGUAUUUCAUCAUUGUUCGUUAUCUUCAUGGUUCUAGGUUACUUGUUGAGUUUUGAGCUAGGUUUUCGAUCAUUGCUUCAGCAUUUUUCUGUGUAAAUGUAUUGCCUUGAUGUCUUUGUAAAUUGUUACCGUCGCGUUCAAUACUUAGGUAGAAAAACUAUCAUUUCGCGAUGUAGUGGAAAUAAUAAUAGUGAACAAGU